AUGAGCUCUUCACAAGGAGAAAUGCCCCGACCGGUGGUAUCGGGUGCGGGUGCACUUCGGUGGGGAGAGAGCACCAACAACAACACCAGUAGUGGUAAUGCGAGUUGCGUUACUACCACGGUAUCUGUUUUUCGGCAGAGUGUUGAUAAUUGUAGCGGUGAGUGUUCGAACAAAACAGCGGUAGUAGCGUCGUUGCCCAGUUUGUUUAGCGGCAUGGAGGUAACGAGAACACAGUGCAGGAGACGUGCAGCGGCCGAAAGAACGGGAACAUCGCAUACUUCCCGAGCCGAAUCUUUAGUUUCAGGAACACUUCAUAGUGAGGUAGUUUCAACCGAAGUGAAAACUGUAGAAAGUGUCUUCACGGGAGCUGUUGGAAACCAAACAUUUUCUUAUGAAAGUGAGCAAGGGGUGGAGGAAAGAGGUGAAUUCAAUGCGAGGUUCCAGGAGGUUGAUGAAACCCCUGUUCGACGCAGCCCAUUAGCGACCCAAGAGGAUGCCAGAGCUGCAGUCUUGAUGGGGAACGUCAAAGAAGCCGUUAGUACUCCUUCGGUAAACUCCGCUGUUGAAAUGAGUGCUCCUCAACAUAAUGUGAAACCUAGCAACGUGAUGUUCCCUGAGAGAGGUACACUCUCGUUUAUGAAGUCCGCAUUUGGAUUUAUCUCCGGCCAAGGCGAAAAACAUGAAAACUCGGGAGAGGUGGCUGAUUACGAUGCCAAAAACGACGUUGGAGGGAGUGAUGAUGCACCCAUUAUCCCACCACUUUGCGCACUUUAUGGGUCCAAAAUUCUUUCUGGUAAUUGUUCAGAAAAAACACAACAUGCUGAAGAAGCAGCAGCAGCACUUGUGCUUCCCCUGCAACAUGAAUUUAAAGGAAACCUUACCACGGAGAGCAUGAACGAUGGAAGGUGUGAUUAUGUUGCCAUUAAUUCUUGUUGCUUUCCCACCAGGGGUGAAGGGAACUACGUGAGCACGGUGGAUGACCGAGAAGAUCGCCUGAACAAUCAAGUGAGAGCUGUGGGCACUUUGGAACCUUACAAUACUUCAAAUAUCUUGGGGGAAGGCGUGGAAAUGGAUCAGCAACAGGUCACACACCCAAGGAAUAUCUCUGGGAGUGUUAAAAACAGAAAACCGUGGGAAGAACGAUGGGACAGGCGCCGCCAAGAGGUUCGCGAGGCGGAGCGCAACGUCCUGAAAGCAGUUGAAACUAUCGCGAUCAAACUUGGCGAAGUCCAUGCUUCCAUUGAGGAGCGUCGAAAGAUUGUACGCGCGGCCUCCGAAGUGGAAAAACGUAUCGAGCAAUGUAUCAUCGAGGAGGCAUUUGACGGGGCAGAGGCUCUAAACGCAGAGCUGACACACCUGUUCCACCGUGUGGCAGAGCUGGAUGACGAGACGCUGAACUCAUUUUUACCGUCCUUAACCAAGUAUGGCACUCAUUUGCAAUCAGAGGUGAUAGCUUUCGCAGAACUUCUUCGUCAGCACCAUCAAGAUGUUUUGGAUUCCGGAGAUACCGCUGAAUUGGAGAUCCAAACUUUCAUUACAGAAUCAACGCAACGUCUCAACAGUCUUCUUAAAGAUAUCGCCUCCCAAAUGGAGAGGUCGAUAGGGAAGCAGCAGAUUGCACAGCAAAAGAUGAAUGAGAUAUGCGAACGUAAGGAUGGUAUAAUGAAGACAAUACGAGAGCAGAACUACGGAACACUGGAAAUACAACAACAGUUAGGCAGCGAGGUGGCGGAAAUCGAUGAGGAAAUGGAAGAGCUGGAAGCGAAGCUUGCAGAGCUGAGACGCCUUCGUGCAAUCAAGAUGGAAAAAAUGAAAGAGAUGGAACAACGGGUAAGAUGUAGCUUGGAUGAGCGCCGCAUGCUGGAAAGUGAGUUGGACAAACUCAUCACACGGGCGGAAAAGAAUUUAUUCGCGGCAAACGAAGAGGUUGAGAAGCUGCGUGUCGAACUGGAGUCGUAUGAAAGUGGUAGGGCAGCGUUUGAAGUGAAGAAGGAGCUUAUUCUUGAGGAGUGGGAGUGUGAAACCUCCACAGCCGGAGGUUGCGAUCUGCGUCGCGUAUCGCUGGAAACGCAAACACUUACUUCUGUACGUGAAUAUACGUCGUCACUCACCACCCUCUUGCGGCUACGAAGCGACGGCAUUUGUUUUCUUGGUGACGUGGCGCCAUCCAUUGAUCCCUCUUCACCGGAAUCCCAAGACUGCCUCCUAUCGGUUACACACAACCUCCGGAAGAAGUUGAGCGAUCUUGAGAUGGAGAACGAAAUGAAUGAUAAGUUGGUCAAAUUACUUGACGUUAAAUUAGUAGAAAUGCGAAGCAGUUUAGCUGUACUAGGGGCAAUGAAACAAACUGCCAUUCAGGCGAGACAAUUCAGAGAGGCGCAGGCGAAAUCCGAUGAGAUACGUGAACUUUCUGAUGCCAUCAAAAGAGAGGAGGAAACUCGAACCAACAUCCAAAAGAGGUUACAAACAAUUGGCGAUCUUCGAGAGGAGCUUCAAAAGAGGUUGUGUGACGAAAACAGUCAAUGUGAAGUUAAGGUCAGGGAGUAUCUAUUCAACUAUAAAAGUUGUAUCGACAAGACGGAGGAGGCGGGUGCUGCAUUGGUGGACGCGCUUCAUAAUUCCAUCGGUAAGGAAUCGAUGCUUGGAAGUGUUGACCUCGUAGAGGCAACACAGCAGCUGGUGGAUGUACUGAGGGAAGAACUCGAAGGUGCAAGUAUGGCUUCGUCUUUAAAUCCAGUGGAUCAACAGAGCUCUGAGGCGGUCAAAUACGAGUGA